UGGCCGGUGUACAUUGAACUGAAGAGUGCAGACGCUGUACAAGGGCCGAUAAAUAUAUCUCAUAUAAAUCUUGUUAGGCAUACCACGUGGAACCUACGUUGCGGAAAACCAACCAUAGAGUUUUUUUACAUAAUAUAUAUAUUUUUCAAUAUCUUAAAACUUUCCAAACAUAUAUUUUUGUUGUAAAUUGUAUAUUGAUAUGGCCGAUUACUUAAUUUGUGCUGGAGCUGGUUAUGUACCUGAAGAUGGUCUUACAGGGGCACAGCUGUUUUCCAAUGGGGAUGGACUUACAUACAAUGACUUCAUUCUACUGCCAGGUUUCAUUGAUUUUACUGCAGAUGAAGUUGACUUGACAUCAGCCCUGACAAAGAAGAUUACUUUGCAGGCUCCUUUGGUCUCUUCCCCCAUGGACACUGUGACAGAGUCAGAAAUGGCAAUCGCCAUGGCGCUGUGUGGAGGCAUUGGAAUCAUUCACCAUAACUGCACGCCUGAAUACCAAGCCAACGAAGUCGCCAAAGUUAAGAAAUACAAACACGGGUUUAUCCGUAACCCUAUUGUCUUGUCACCUGAACAUUUUGUGGCAGAUGUAUUUCGGCUAAAAAAAGAGCAUGGUUUCUGCGGUUUUCCAGUCACAGAAAACGGUAAAAUCGGUGGAAAACUGGUCGGAAUUAUUACAUCCAGAGAUAUUGAUUUCCGUGAAGAUGCCCAAAGUCAAAGACUAAAAUUAGAGACUGUCAUGACAAAAUUGGACCAGUUAGUAUACGCCACUUCUGAUGUCACCUUGGAAGAAGCUAACAGCAUUCUGGAGAAGUCCAAGAAAGGAAAACUUCCGAUAGUUAAUGACAAAGGAGAGUUGGUAGCCUUGAUUGCUCGUACUGAUCUGAAGAAGUCCAGAGAUUACCCCCACGCCAGUAAAGACGAAAACAAACAGUUGCUCGUCGGGGCAGCCAUCAGUACACGGAAUGAGGAAAAGGAAAGACUAAAACUUCUAGCCGCCGCUGGAGUCGAUGUUAUUGUUUUGGAUUCUUCUCAAGGAAAUUCAGUUUAUCAAAUAGAUAUGAUAAGGUACAUAAAAAAAGAAUAUCCUGAACUUCAAGUCAUCGGUGGUAAUGUGGUGACUGCUGCUCAAGCCAAGAACCUGAUAGAUGCGGGCGCUGACGGAUUAAGAGUAGGAAUGGGCUCAGGCAGCAUCUGUAUCACACAAGAAGUUAUGGCUGUGGGCAGACCCCAGGGUACAGCAGUGUAUAAGGUGUCAGAGUACGCUAGGAGGUUUGGCGUCCCAGUCAUUGCUGACGGAGGAAUACAGAACAUCGGCCACAUUAUCAAGGCUCUAUCUCUAGGAGCAUCUACAGUGAUGAUGGGUUCACUGCUGGCUGGAACAUCUGAAGCUCCAGGGGAGUACUACUUCUCAGACGGAGUGAGGCUCAAGAAGUACCGAGGAAUGGGCAGUCUGGAGGCCAUGAACAGAAAAGAUGCCCAGGGUGGUGCCAUGGACAGAUACUUUCACAGUGAGAUGGACAAGCUGAAGGUGGCGCAGGGAGUCAGUGGCUCCAUCGUAGACAAAGGCUCUGUUCUGAGGUUCCUGCCGUACCUGCAGUGUGGUCUGAGACAUGGUUGUCAGGAUAUCGGAGCUCGCAGUCUCUCACUCCUCAGAUCGAUGAUGUACUGUGGUGAGCUCAAGUUCGAGCGCAGAACACAAUCCGCGCAAUCUGAGGGCAACGUUCACAGCCUCUUUUCAUAUGAGAAACGACUUUUCUAGCUAAGCUCUGGGGGAGAUGGGAAGGCUAAGUAAGCAGUUCUUGCCCCUACACCAACCCAAGGAUACCACAUUCUUCAUGGUAUUUUUAUGUGAUACACUCAAGGAUUUCAUGUUCCUUCCUUGAAAUAUUUCAUGAUUAUCUGAUUAUUUACAUAAUAUUUUAUAUUAUUUGUGUUCCCAUGUUGUUCUUCAAAGGGUAUCCCUUUUAAAUAAUGACUAUUUUUAAGACACAAUCAUUUCUUUAUGAUCACGAUUAUUGGUUAAUUUCUUUUGUAUGUAUUUUUGGCAUCAGUGUUUAAAUACUACCUGUUACUUCUGUUAAAUAAUAGCUAGUAUUUGUAUUUUGUUUGAUAUAAUCUUUUCUUUAUACAAUUGCGAUUAUUGGUAUUAACUGCGGUCAAUUUUUUAGUAUCCCAGUUAAUAAUGGCUUGUAUUUGUUGUUUUUACGUUAUAUUCUUUACACAGAUCAGUUAUUUUAUAAUUUAACCUCUGAUAGAAGUUUUUUGUUUCUUUUUUACAUAAUGACUAUUUUGUAUUUUCACUACAUAAUCUUGAGGGUAAGUCUCUGUAAUGCUUAGGCAAGUUUUGUUGUAGAUUAUUUCUUUUUUUUAUGUAUCGGUUGUUUGAUGUUUUAAUGCUAAAUAUUUUGAAAAUUCUCCUCUGAAAAUUAAUACUAUUCCAUUUACAUUUGUAUACAUGUUUUUUCUCACUUCUUUUUUAGUAAAAUAUUUAGAAAGUUCUUUGUUAUGUCAAGGAUUAACACCAUAUACUAAUAAAUGUUAUUGCAAGUUUAUUUUUACAAAUUGUUUUAAAAACAUUUCGGUUGUUAUUUAUAUUUUGUGUUGUUAUCUACUACACUGAGUCAAUCAAUGGACUAUUUCCUAUCUUGUCCAACCAAAUGCAUAAGAGAUUUCUUGUGUAUUGGUUUAAAUCAAUCAUCUGGUUUAUGAUGUGAUAAAAGUGUUAUCUACAAUGUCAUUUUCUUCCAUGUUGUUUUAUUGAGAAUCGUUUUAGUUCAAGAAUUUGCCGACUUGUAAUAAAAAUUUGCUUACUUCACUUUGUUUAAUGUUUUGAAUUUUUCAUCAAAGUUUACAAUAAUAUUUUCCCUAAAUUCUUUCUUAAAUUAUAUUUUAUUCCUACAAUUUUGGUAAUUUAUGCGUAUUUUAGUGAUGACUGAGAAAGCAAAUCUGAGCAUUCUUAUUUUAUGUACUAAUUACUAAUAUUAUCUGAACUUGCUUUAUAACUGUAUAUGGCUGUGUUCUGUUAAUUUUGAGAAGUUGCUGGUUACUAUACUCCUGUAUAUAAACCUGAGUAUUCAAAACCAUUUUCUACUGGAGGAUAAAUUAUAUAUCUUUCACUGUUCAUGAAUAUAUUUGCUUUAAAAUUGAGUAAACUUUUGCUUGAACUUAAAGAAAUGUUUGAAUUCUGAGGUUUAAGUACAGGAGUAUUUUUUGUGUUGUGUGAUAGUUAAUAUUUUAAUAUAAGAGACAACUAGAUUAAAUGUACAUACAUGAUGUAAAAUUACACAUAAAUCUAAAUCUAAAUAUUUCAAUAAAGUUUUCAAAUUUGUACUAUACACUCGUUAGUCGUUAUGCAUUUAUUCUUGACAUUUUAUUUCUAUCGCUCAAGCUAACAAGUGACUUGUUACUUUCUGUCCAGAGAACACUCUCUGUACCAGAGAAUAUAUAGAGAUCAUAUAUACUCUAUAAUCUGUAAUCAAUCAUCGUAAGUACAAACCGUUUUACACCUUUUUCAAAAUGAAUUUGUGAGUGGUUUCAGAAAUGCACCAUAUUUUAGCAAUAAACAUACACAAAUUUAUACUAGAAUAUAACGCUUGACACAUUAAAAACCAAGGAUAAAUAUCCAAGUGCAACCAACAAAUCCUGAUAUUUUAUGCUAAAUCUUAUGAACAUAGACCAAAAUAUUUUAAUAUUCCCUUUACCAAAAUUUGUAACAUUUAUUGUAGGCAUUUUCUAUGUGUAAUGUGCCAAUGUUGUGCCAUUGUGCUUUUCAAGUAUUCAUACUGGAAUAACGUACAUAUCUUUUUUACUAUGAUCUUGUAAUACUAUAAAUGCAACACUUCAAAAAAGAGUUUUGUUGUAGUUGAUUAAAUCAUCUGUUCAAAAAUGUUUUGAGAGUUUGUGCAAAGCACAAUACUACAGAUUGUGUAUUUGAAGAAUACUUGUCUUACAUUUUCCUUACAAUCCCUUUUUAAUUCUAUUUCUAUUGUUGUCAAUUUUGAUUUAUUGAUUGUGGACUAUUUUGGGCAUUUUACUAUUUAGUAACAAAAUAUUCACCGUGUUAUUGUAUGUUGCUCAGUAGUGUGUUAUCAUUUUAGGCAGUAGCAUUGGUAGAAUUACUUUAGCCGUAAUUGAUCUCAUCAAAGUAUAAGAAUUUUGUUGUUCUAUCUAAUGAAAUAUCAGGAAUAACUUCUGGUUUGGCUUGCAUAAGUUUCUAUACGUAUUGGAAGUCUGUAUGGGUAUGUUUACUUUUCCAAUCUUAAAAUUAGCACUGUUGUUAUUUAUCUCCCGGAUUAUAAUGGUUCGUUAAAACACUGUAAUUUUAUUGUGAUGAGAAGUAGAUAAGAUUACAGUGUUUUUUUUUUUUUGUUUUUUUUUUAACUAGGGACAGGUGCAUACUCGAUGCCGCAGAUACUUGGACAUCGGUAUCGAGAAUCGAUCGUCAAAAGUUGAUUCCGAUACCGAUGCCCAACUCGUCUGCGAAGAUUGCGUGAUCGAAAAAUUACCGCUAUUGCCACGAUUGUGCAAGAUGACAAUCACGCUUCCGUGAUUGCGGCAGAUGAGGACAAUGUUCUCACCCCUCCAGGAGAUAUUCAUGAUUUUGCCGCAAUCACGGAAGACGAUGAUGACAUUUUUUGUGACCACGGGAGUCGAUGAUAAUGACUACACAGCCAUGGGAGAUGUUCAUGAUUUUGCUGUGAUUGCGCAAGACGACAAUUAUGUUUAUGUUACCGAGGAGAAAAACAUUUUCUCAAAAAUACUUGAUGGAAGGACAUAAAGACAGGGAUUGGUGUAUUUAUAACCAAUCCAUUCAGAAACUUUGGUAAAACUAUUAAAAAAAUGGUAUCGGUAUCGAGAAUAGAUUUUUCAGGUAUCGGUAUAGAGAAUUGAUCAUUUCUUUUACAUCACUAAUUUUAACUAAGCAGCGAAGCAAUAUGACUUCCUAGUAGAAUGUCUCCAAUCAUCCAAAAAUAAGCUAUUCAGUGAAACCUCUUUUAACCCCACCCCGUUAAUCCGAUACUGUCCUAGAAAAUUAAAAUUAUUUGGAAAAUGAGCUAGGCAAAACAAACUGUCCGCCAUGGCGCAAGUAGUCGGUUGGCUUUGCCAAUCGAAUAAUUUAGCAAACAACAUGGAUCUGGUAUCCAUGAUAUAGAUAAAGUUCAGGAAACCAAUAUCAAUUAUUUUCAGAAAUAGUUAUUGUGUAGUUGUAGAUCUUUAAGUGAUAACGAUUAAAAUUCCAAAAAACUUCAGUUCUAGUUUCCUACUAUUGAUAAACCCCUACUAAACCUACUAUUUUGGGUUUAAAGGAGGUUUUACUGUAUUGAUAAAUUAAUAAGGUGUGAAAUUUAUCACCAACAAUUCUUUAGAAAUUGAAAAGCUCAUAACGAUUUGAAUAUAUCUCCUCAUGAACCAAGUUUCAUGAAUUGGCGUUUUACAAUUUUUUUGUUAGUUAUUCACAGGGAUGUAAUUCAUGUUUGUACACAUGUACCACCUUGGCUAGAGCGCCUAGGUUGAUAAAUCUUUUUCAACGUAAAUUCUAUAUAGUUUUUUAUAUAGAAAACUAUAAGAAAGAUUUUUGCUAAUUCCAUGUUUAUGGAAUUAUAUUUAAUUUUCUACACUAUUAUACAUAAUGAUUUGUGUAUUUGUAUAUUUUGUUUUUUUGAACCUAAGUACAGUUUAUGUGUUUUUUAUGUAAUUAAUUUACAUGUGUUAUGUUCAGUUGAUAUAUAAAUACGGUAAAGCUUGUGAACAAAGUAUAGCUUUAACAAUAUUCAUCACAAGCACUAAUGUAAAAUGAAAAAAGUUAAAAAUUUAUAAUGUUUUAGAAGUUAUUGUGGUAUAAUUAAGAUGUAUAGAAUUUCUCGUCUGUAUUUUUCAUUUUUAUAUAUCUACACAAGCAAUGAAUAUUCCACUGUUAGGGUCUAUGGUGUUUUUACUGUGGUAAAUACAAUAUAUUUGAGCAUCGAAAGUGAUCUUGAAAUACAAAGUUCAAGGUUCUUGCCGGACUGGUAACAUAAUUUUGGACUAAGAAAUGUGUAACAAUGUAAAGUUGACUGGUUUAUUCAAUUUAUAUAGUCUUACAUACCCACUAUAAUUUUUGCCUCUAAAUUUUAAAUGAUUUGUUUCCAAAUGGCUAUAAAAAAGUGAAUUAUUCCACUUAAUUCUAUACAUAAUACAUUUUUUAUGUCAUGAUCAGUGUAAGAAGGUUUGUUGUUUCCUAUUGUAAAAAUCGCUAAAGAUUUAAAAUAUGUUUUGCGUAAUUUUGUUGUACAAAUUUCAACAUUUAAUGUUUGAUUUAACAUGGGAAUUGCUUUUGAGCCCAAGUAACUUGAAGAUAUUUUGUUUUGGUUUUUGAUAUUAAUGAAAUAUAAAUGUAUGACCUAGAUAUUUUUAUGAUUUCUUUGUUAUGUUUGGUGAAAAACCAGAAAUAGAAAUGAGAA